AUGAUGACUUCCAAUGCAUAUUAUGAGCCAGGAGAGAAAGGAUGGUACGACUUGGGAGCAGGUUGGAACUCAAGUUACCCUGUUGGAUGGGAGCCUUCGGAGGACGGAUUCCGCGGACAUAUCUUCUCGAACUCAGACAAUUCUACUGUUGUGCUUUCAAUCAAGGGUACAUCAAUACCCAUAGUUGGAGGCGGGCCUACAAUGAAGAAGGACAAGCUCAAUGACAACCUCCUGUUCAGCUGUUGCUGUGCGCGGGUAGAUUGGUCAUGGUCUACGGUUUGCGGCUGCUACAGAGGGCAGCAACGAUGCGACCAAACAUGCUUGGAGGAUGCUCUCACCGACGAGAGCCUCUUCUACCCUGUCGGCACAAAUCUCUACAACAACCUCACCUACAUGUAUCCCGACGCUAAUAUAUGGGUCAUAGGACAUAGCUUAGGUGGAUCACUGGCAUCGUUGCUCGGCUCAACUUUUGGCGUUCCGGUCGUCGCCUUUGAGGCACCGGGUGAACGCAUGGCUGCACGUCGACUGCAUUUGCCAACCCCCCCUUCCCUGAGCCACAUCACACACGUAUACAAUACGGGCGAUCCUAUCGCUAUGGGCGUGUGCACUGGCUCUACGUCUGCAUGUGGGGCCGCCGGUUACGCUCUCGAGAGUCGAUGCCACCUUGGCCAGACGCUCCUCUACGAUACAGUCGCGAACUUGUCGUGGUCGGUAGGCGUCACGCAUCACAGCAUCAACGCCGUGGUAGACACUAUCUUGGCGGAGCCUUGGCUCCCGGCAGUUGGGCUUGGCCGCGAAGUCCCCGUGCCCAUCUCAGAGGAGGGUUGUGUUGACUGUUUUGAUUGGGAGUAUGGGGACUUCCCGCAGGUCGGCUUGACCAAUGGUCAAUGUGCAUUCGCUCCGGCGGCGUGA